CAAAGAAGGGGUGUGGCUUACUACAACUUUCAGCCAGCAAGAUGAAAAGAUCUUCAACGCAGUCUUCCAGUGACAAUUCCUCGAAGAGAAGGAGAAGUAGGUCAGCCUCUGACAUUGAAGAUGAAGAUGGUUAUGUACCGUAUGUUUCUGUCAAGGAGAGGAAAAAACAAGAAAUGUCAAAGUUGCUGAGUUAUCGUAAUCGUCGACUACAAGUGGUAGCCAAUGAAGGGGACACAGUACAGGAACCAGCAGAAGACGAUGACUUCGGUACACGUUCCAAAGUGAGUCUCCUUGACCAGCAUAGUGAGCUCAAGAAGAAGGCAGAGGCUCACAAAGUGUCAGAGAUGGACAAGCAGAGACAAGAGGAAGAAAAGAUUCUGCACAGUAUUCAAGAGACUCGUGCCCUCAUGAGCGUAGGGGAGCUAGCCAAGGGGGUGGUAUACACGGAGCCACUCAAAACGGGAUGGCGUCCACCACGCUACAUUCGAGAGGCCCCAGAGAGCAAACAUGAAAGAAUCAGGAAUAAAUGGCACAUUCUCACUGAGGGGGAGAAUAUUCCACCCCCUGUAAAAACCUUUCCAGAGAUGAAGUUGCCACGACCGAUUAUCGAUGCUCUCAAAAAGAAGGGAAUCACUCAACCAACACCCAUACAGAUACAAGGCAUUCCUGCCAUCUUGUCAGGGAGAGAUAUGAUAGGCAUAGCAUUCACUGGCUCUGGGAAGACACUGGUGUUCACACUACCCAUCAUCAUGUUCAGUCUGGAGCAGGAGAAGGUGAUGCCAUUUGGGAAGAGUGAGGGACCCUACGGCCUCAUCAUCUGCCCCAGUCGAGAGCUGGCUAAUCAGACCCAUGAGGUUAUUGAGAAUUUCACCACAGUAUUGUCAGCAGCAGGCUUCCCCUCACUUCGGACUGUCCUGUGUAUCGGAGGAAUAGCAAUGAAGGCCCAGACUGAAAUAAUCAGAAGUGGGGUGCACAUUGUAGUAGCCACACCAGGACGUCUGAUGGGCCUCUUGGAGAAGAAGAUCAUGAAUCUUGAGGUAUGUCGAUAUUUGGUUCUGGACGAGGCUGACAGAAUGAUUGACCUGGGUUUCGAGGAGGACAUUAGAACAAUAUUCUCUUACUUCAAAUCUCAACGGCAGACUUGUCUCUUUAGUGCUACUAUGCCUAAGAAGAUCCAGAACUUUGCAAGGAGUGCUCUAGUGAAGCCAGUGACGGUGAAUGUGGGGAGGGCGGGAGCUGCCAGCUUGGACGUUAUUCAGGAGGUGGAGUACGUGAAACAAGAGGCCAAGGUCGUCUACCUCCUAGAGUGUCUGCAAAAGACACCACCCCCAGUGCUGGUAUUUUCUGAGAAGAAAGCAGAAGUUGAUGACAUCCACGAGUACCUGCUGUUGAAAGGUGUCGAGGCAGUCAGCAUUCACGGAGGCAAAGACCAAGAGGAGCGACAGUGGGCCAUUAAAGAGUUCAGGGCACGAUCCAAAGAUGUGCUGGUGGCUACAGACAUUGCCUCUAAGGGACUAGACUUCCCCGAGAUACAGCAUGUGAUUAACUAUGACAUGCCUACUGAUAUUGAAAACUAUGUUCAUCGUAUUGGAAGAACUGGCCGCUCGGGAAAAACAGGAAUAGCCACUACUUUUGUCAACAAGCUUGUUGAGGAGUCUGUCCUGCGAGACCUUAAGGCGCUAUUGAUGGAAGCCAAACAAAAGGUUCCUCCAUUCCUGUUGGAGCUGGACUCACUCAGUUCAGACAUGCUUGAGCUUGGAGAUGACAAGGGCUGUGCCUAUUGCAGUGGGCUGGGUCAUAGGAUCACAGAGUGCCCAAAACUGGAGGCCAUUCAACAGCAAACAGCCAGCAGUAUUGGCAGAAAAGACUAUUUAUCUAAUUCAGCUGCAGACUGGUAGCUUAUAACAACUUUAGGCUCUUUAAUGAAUCACAUAAUUAUAUAUACAUGAUUGUAUAAUUAUAUGUUACACUUAAAUGCAUCAAAUUCAGAGUUUGCGUUUGCUAAAAAUUUAA